AGUGUCAAAGUGACUGCAAACGACAACUCAUUCUUUUUCGGGCUUGACUCCCGGCUCGCCUUCGUCUCCAAAACAUUGGAAUGGCAGGCCGAACCAUCAUCGGGUCGCUCUUGGCCCUGUUUUGGGGUCAUGUGAGGGCGAGAGCCAGGCAACAAAGCAAUAUGUUCACAGAAACUCCAGGUCUUGGACCUUUACAGUAGAAGGGAUGUGCUGCAAAAAAAAAAAGAAGAAAAAAAACAUCCAGGACCAAAUCAACAACGAACUGCAGAUAGGGGACAUUGCCGUCUCUUUCAGCAACGACUGGACUGAAGGCCGCGUGGACCCUUUUCUUAGCAGGCAAGCUUUGUUCUGGACUCAUAAUAAAGCACUUUCACCAUCAAAAGAACGUUAGUCGAGACGCCAGGAAAGGUGAUGAUCGUCCCGGUGGUGGACAACACGGCAGUUGCGCGUAUGGCGUUGCGUGUGCUAGCGGCAUAUGCAGGGGCAGAUUGUCGAUAUCACUCGCAGAGAACCUUUGUUCGAAAAGGAGGCCGGAACCGUCUCGAUAAAGAACGAACAGGCAAGGCAAAACCGGCACCUCUCAACUCCCUCUUCUAUAACAAAAGCCUGGCGUCCCAAAAUCAUGAUGACUCGAGAAAUACUUUCCUACUUUGUACGACUGAAAUGCCUCCAACAAGGAACCUACAACAUGGAGCAAUGGGGACAUGUACAGUCGUUUUCUUGAUAUUGACAUUCUGAGACCCGCCACCCUGCCAUUGUACUAUGUAAUAGCAACAUGUCGUUUGGUC